GCUGCGUAUGGGCUCUCCAGAAAAAAACGUGACUGCACCAAUUGCCCGUUAUUGAAACCGCCGAUAAAGUCCAAAAAAAAAUUUAUUGUGUAGGAAAAGUUGGACAUUUAUGCAUGCCACCGCAUAAUCAUACUCGUGAAUUUUGUGAAAAAAAGUGGAGUUACGAAUGAUAUACGUAAUGCAGGUGAAUAAGUGAUUCUCGUGUUGCGCGUGGUUUCGGGGAAAAAUUGCUUUUUUUUUAACCGUUGGACAUUAGUUGGCGGACGGGGGGGAGUGUGCCACUGUAAAUUUCGUACCGGCAUAUCAAUUUUGUACGUUAAAACCCGACCGAGAUUCGCAGAUUGGUUAUUGUAAAAAUGGCCGCCGAAAUGCAAAACAAGAAUCGGAUGAUGGUGUUUAAGAACAAAGGGAAGGAUCAAGACGAGAUGAGGAGACGACGAAACGAAGUGACAGUGGAGCUGCGGAAAAAUAAAAGAGAGGAGACACUGCAAAAGAGAAGAAACGUUCCCAUUGCAGAUUCAACUGAUGAAGACGACAUCGAGAAGACUUUGUCCAAAAUAAACUUGAUGGAACUUGUACAGAAAGCAGCAGGGGGUGAUCCAGUAAAACAAUUGCAAGCGGUUCAAUCUGCUCGAAAGUUACUGUCAUCAGACAAAAAUCCACCGAUUGAUCCACUCAUCCAGAGUGGAAUAUUACCAAUUUUAAUUCGCUCUCUUGAGCAGCAUGACAACCCUUCGUUGCAAUUCGAGGCAGCAUGGGCAUUGACAAACAUCGCGAGUGGCACAUCAGCUCAAACUCAGGCGGUUGUGGCCGCUGGUGCUGUACCGCUCUUCCUACAAUUGUUGAUGUCGAGCCAACAGAAUGUUUGCGAACAAGCUGUAUGGGCUUUAGGGAAUAUCAUUGGUGAUGGUCCAACACCCAGAGACUACGUAAUCAACCUAGGUGUUGUUCAACCCCUGUUACAAUUUAUAAAACCAGACAUACCAAUAACAUUUUUGCGAAACGUUACGUGGGUAAUUGUGAAUUUGUGUAGGAACAAAGACCCACCACCACCACUUCAAACGAUAAAAGAACUUCUCCCAGCCCUGAACAUACUGAUUCAUCACUCUGAUAUCAAUAUUCUAAUUGAGACAGUAUGGGCAUUGAGUUACUUGACAGACAGUGGUAAUGAGCACAUACAGAUGGUGUUAGACAGUGGUGUUGUACCCCGUCUCAUUCCCCUGCUCUCUCACAAAGAAGUUAAACUCCAAACAGCCGCACUCAGAGCUGUUGGCAAUAUCGUAACUGGCACUGACGAACAAACCCAGACUGUCAUCAAUUGUGGUGCACUAUCGCAUUUCCAAAAUCUUCUGACACACUCCAAGGACAAAAUAUGCAAGGAGGCUGUCUGGUUCUUGUCAAACAUCACAGCUGGCAAUCAAGCACAAGUCAGUGCUGUCAUUGAAGCCGGUCUCCUUCCUCUGAUAAUCCGUAAUCUCUCGAAAUCCGAUUUUCAAACUCAGAAAGAGGCUGCCUGGGCGAUCAGCAACUUCACGAUAAGUGGAAAUAGAGAUCAAGUUGCGCAACUGGUGCACGAGGGAGUUAUCGAGCCCUUCUGCGAUCUUCUAUCAUGCAAGGACACCCAAAUUAUCCAAGUUGUGCUUGAUGGCAUUCACAAUAUGCUCAAACAUGCUGGCCCUGAGGUCGAGCAACUCGCUAAUAUGAUCGAAGAGUGCAAUGGUUUGGAUAAAAUUGAACAGCUGCAGACACAUGAAAAUGUAGAAAUAUACAAAUUAGCUUAUGAUAUUAUUGAACAAUACUUCUCCGAGGAGACUGACGACACAAAUCUUGCACCUCAGGUUAAUGACGUAACAUUUGAAUUCGAUCCAACAACAUCAAUUCCAAGCCAAGGCUUCAAAUUCUGAGAUCGUCUCACAUCUCUAAUUGUAACGUCAUUAACUCGACAUGAGUACGGAGACACAUUGCUUUACUUUAUCUUGUAUUACGAUACGAUCAUACUGCUCCGAUGAUAAUUAACGAGGCGCUCUUCAAUACUAUAUUUUCAUUACUUUCUUUCUUUUUCUUCCUCCAAUAUGAUAACAAAACUUUGCGCCCCUGGUACAUUAGUUUGAACCGAGAGUCCAGUUCGUUGUACAACUCUUUCUUGCAAGAGGAAUAAAUAACAGUGACAAUUAUUAUUUGCAAUCAUGAGUUGGGUGAAGAAUAAUGUGAUAUGUUAAUUAUCUAUUUGUUCGUUUACUUUUUUUUUCUAGGCUAACUGGAUUCGAUGUGAAUUUUUUUAUUAAAAAUUGUGCCCUGAAAUUGAUUAAAGAAAUCUCGUAUUUUUGACUACCAACGAUUUUAUACGCUACUGUCUGGAGUCUUGGUUCAAUUAUAAUGACUUUUGGGAGACAAGAAGGCUAAAAACGCGGUGAAUAACAACUGUUCGUGUAUAUUUUAGGCAUGUUAAAUUUAUAGUCACUAUUGGUUGUCAGAAUCAAUUGGAAUCGAUUACUUCUUGAUCAGUAGAUUUAAAUAUUACGGGCGUUCUGUACGGAGCAGCAACAAUAAAACUGUAGCAUAAAUACAUUCAUCAUUUCUGAUUUUUAAAAAAAUAUUUUCAAUGUCGAGGAUCACUCAUGUUGACAGCUAGCAACAAUCCUGUAUUCCCCAAAGUUAUCUACAGCUAUGAAUAAAUUUACAGGAAAUUUAAACAA